CAGUCACAUGCGUUUUCUUGUUUAGUGCCACUUCCGCAUCUGACAUUAUAAAGUAACGCUAGACACUGUAUAAUGAUUUUAUAGCAUAAAUCGUUUCUAUUAAAGUACAUUUUAAAGCAGACUGUUAACGAACAUUGUUUUGUGAUUUACGUGAUCGAAUUUGAUUACCAGGUGUUAGUCUGUUGCAUUUGCAAGACAAAACAGGGGACACAGUAUCCCAUUUAGCUAGCUUAGCUUGCUUUUGCUAGCUACUUGAUCAGCUAGAUUGUAGCCACUUCAACCUACACUAUUCAUUGGCUACACUAACGGAAUAGCUGGCUACAGCUUUUCAGAAUGAAGGUGUCCAUGCCCCCCCCCUGCACAGCGACGUCUGUGCGGCUGUUAGUUCUGGCUGUUCAGCUGGUCCUGUUGGUGUGUGGAGGCCAGGCCAGUGACAACACCAAGAGGUGUAAACUGUUCUCUGAGUCCCUGGCAGAACGGAAGGUCCUCAGUCUUCUAGAACCACUCACUAACAAGAAUUUCUCGGUGGAGACGAAAAGCGGCAAGGAGAGCUACACGUACCAGUUCCAGGUGUGUGGGGAUGCGGGGAAAACGGUAGGAGCGGGACUCGUUCAGAUCGACCAGACCGGGAAAGAUGAGAAAGUGCUUGGCCUGUACAAUGCAACACAGGCUAUCGGAGGAAGUGACUGGGUGAUGCUGAUCUACAGCAACGGCACCAAGUAUGAAGGCCACUGUUCCAAGGAGAUGAGGAAAGCCAUUGUCAUGAUCUCCUGCAACAGAGGAGUGGAAAUGGGGAAGCUGGAAGUGGUGUUGGAGGAUAGGGAGAGGGAGAGGGACUGUUUCUAUCUGUUUGAACUGGACUCCAGUGCAGUCUGUCCCGCUCUGCCAUCCCAGCUCAGUGCAGGCUCCAUAAUACUCAUAAUUGGGUUCGUCCUCUUGUCACUGUACCUCAUUUGUGGAUUCCUCUACCAGCGGUUGAUUGUCGGGGCCAAAGGGUUGCAACAGUUCCCCAAUUAUGUCUUCUGGAUGCAGGUUGGCAACCUGGCAGCGGAUGGAUGUAAUUUUGUGUGUAGGACACAGGGCCCCGAAGAGGAACCUCCCACAUACAGGGGCGUGUCCACAGAGCCAGAGGAGGAGCCAGAAGAGAGGGAUGACCACUUACUUCCCAUGUGAUCUGAUGACGUCAGUAGUGGGAGGGAUCUAUCCCGUGUGACGCUUUUGACGCUUCGGAUAGAUAUUGCCCUUACGCACAGAUCUAGGAUCAUCACUUACUCUCUCCAAAUCCAGAGAAACAUCAAACUGACUUCAGUUCAGUGUCUAGGCGCAACUUCAUCCUAGUUCGUUUUGACAGUUUCAGGGACAAGUUUAGAGGUGGGCACACCAGUUUAUGGAAUGUUGGAAGAUCGGUCUGUGACAUCUGACUCCCAAACACUUAGUUCAUUAUAUUAGAUGAUAAGUCACCUCCCCUGGUUUGCAUGGCCCAGGCGUCAUUAUUUGGAGGUGGCAAC